AUGAUCAACGACACUCUUGCGUUUGGAGAACCGGACACGAAUGUUUCUGAGUCGCUGCUGCCUCUCUCUCUCAGCCACAACCACAGCGCGCCCCCUGCGUUGCGGCUGGAGUCCAGGUCUCUGGUCACCUCAGCCACGAUGUUCGCCGUGGGGGUCCUGGGGAACCUCGUCGCCAUAGUUGUGCUGUGUAUCUCCAAAAAGGAGCAGAAGGAAACCACUUUCUACACUCUGGUGUGCGGGAUGGCCAUCACGGACCUGUUGGGAACAUGCUUCACCAGCCCGGUGGUGAUCGCCACAUACGUGGCCAACCGCUGGCCAGGAGGAGCGCUCCUCUGCCACUUCUUCUCCUUCUCCAUGCUCUUCUUCGGCUCAGCCGGGAUGUCCAUCCUGUGCGCCAUGGCUGUGGAGCGAUACUUGGCCAUAAACCAUGCGUAUUUCUACUCCCAGCACAUAGACCGAACAAUGGCGCGCUUUGCGCUCCUGGUCACCUACCUGAUCAACAUUGUUUUGUGCAUUAUGCCCAGUUUUGGCUUCGGGCAGCACGUCAGUCACUUUCCCGGUACUUGGUGCUUCUUGGACUGGAGGGCGAUGGAUCGACUCGGAGCCUGCUACUCCUUCCUGUACGGCGGCGUGAUGCUGGUGCUGAUCGCGGUGACGGUUUUGUGUAAUUUGGCGGUGUGCAGGUCACUGGUGGGGAUGAACCAGAGGACGGGGAUCGUCCGGACGGAGCUGUGUGAGCAGGGAGGAUCACGUCGCCGCUUCCCGCGGCUGCCGUCGGUCACCUCAGCGGCGGAGAUCCAAAUGUUCUGGCUUCUGGUCUUCAUGACCAUCGUUUUCCUGGUCUGCUCCAUCCCUUUAGUGGUGCGAAUCUUCGUGAACCAGCUGUACGACCCGGCCUACAUUUCUGCUGGGGGGAAGCCUGACUACCGGAGCGACCUGUUGGCGAUCCGCUUUGCUUCAUUCAACCCCAUAUUAGACCCCUGGGUGUACAUUUUGUGCCGAAAGAACCUGCUGCUGAAGGGCUGCGAGAAGCUGAAGAGGACGGUGGCUCGGGUCAAGGACGGCCGUGGUGACAACACUGUCUGGGGAGGAGGUCAGCACUCUCCUCCAUCUUUAAACAGCAACGACACCAGUUACGCGUCAAUACGCACGGCCAGCUACAGGAACGAUGUGGAACACCGGGUGCCCAUCCAGAAUAAUUCCUUCACGGACUUCGCGAUGAGGCAAGCGUGGGAGUACGACACCGCCCGGGUCAACUUCCACCCGUUCAGCAUCGAGUCCACCGCGAUCCCCGCCUGUGAAGAGGAAGUCGGAGCUGAAUCCAAACGGGAGGUGGCGGUCAAGUCGUCUCCAGGACGCAGCGCAGCGCCGCGCGUCAGACGAGUGGACGUUGUCACCUGCACGUUCAGCACUCCGAGCUCAUGUCAGUCAGUGAAAUGUCUUUGAUGGACAUGUGUUUUCUGCCAACAUCAGUUUAUGUUUCGGCAGCUGCUUCAUCUAACUGGUUCCUUCCUUUCAGCUGUGAGGAAAACUGCCAGAGCGACUGUAUCACUUCUGAUGACUUUGAGCCUCAAAAGAGCCAUACCAGCUUAAAUGAAACACUUGAAAGAGCAUUUAGCAGUUAAAUGUGACUGAGUUCACCUCAGCAUCAGCACUGGCUCACAAACCUCUUAUGUGAUUUAGCCUAAGAAAAGGCCACCCAGAAAGGCCUUUAAGUCUAAUUUAGCCUUUAUUUUAGGGCUACAUGUUCCACUAGGGGAUCCAAUACAAGAACAACUGUGAUUGUGUGGUAUGAAAUACACAGUUUUACAUCUUCUUCAUAUUAACUACAAUACAUAUCUACACACACAGACACACAUAUAUACAUGUAUACAUGUAUAUAUAUGUAUAUAACAAGACUUCAACUGAAAGCACACAGACAGGCUAUUAUGUAAAGUCUAGUGAUCAUUUUCCACCAUGGAAAUCAAACAAGCUAUAAUCAUACCCCAUGGGUACAAAUACAAGGUGAGACAUUCUAAGAGUUUGAUGCACUGUAUGAAUCCAUAUGUGCCAUUCACAGUACAUGUUUAUUCAUCGUGUGUUGCUGUUAAACAUUUUUCUUACUUUUUUAAAACUCUACAUGCUGCUAUUUUACUCUGUGCCAGUUAACAGUGUUGCAUGAUGCAGGGAGAACUGAAUGUAGACCGUUGGAACCUUGUAAAAUCUUGUUUUAUAUCGCACAUUUGCAUAGAAUGUUUUGAUAACUGCAGUUGUAAACAGCCAAUGUGAACAUAUCACCUUUAAAAAGAAGAGGAAAACAAAACUGUGGCUUUAAGCUGUGUGAGCUGUGGUGUUUGCUGGAUGUGUUUGAUGGGUCU